AUGGCACCAUCAUCUCUUGCUGCGCAGUUGGCGCAGAUCGCUGCUAAUUCCAAGAGUACUCUUAACGUCAAGGCGCAAAAGGCGGCGCAUGCCAAGUCGUUGAUUUUUGAACCCAAAGUCGCCGCAGGCCAGAGCUUCCAGACCGUCUACACAAUAUGCCGCGAAGGCUUCGAUGAUUUGUGCCAUCUGGACGCGCGUUUUGCGCCGUACAGCGAAACACUCUUCAGCGAGCAGAGCCAAGAGGAAGACCGCACCCAGAUGACCGCCGCCGAGAAUGCCGAGUUGGAUAAAAGGGUCGACGCAUUUCUGCGGUUGGUAGGCGCAAAAUUGAGGCUUAUGCCGGCCAUCAAGGCUGUGGAAUGGCUCAUAAGAAGAUUCAGAAUCCACGAGUACAGCACAGCGUCUCUGAUCACGGCUUUCCUCCCAUACCACGCCGCGCCCGCUUUCGUAACGCUCAUGUCCAUUCUUCCGACCAAGAUCCCGCACAAGUACAGAUUUCUCGACCCAUAUAUACGGUCCUUGACUUCGCCGCCUCGGGCUACCAUUGUUCAACAAGCGAUACAUCACUUUGAUCUGCUGUCCACGAUAUCAACGUGGACGCUGGAAUCAUGCCAAGCCCAGCAACACUAUCCCGGUCUUCUCUCAUUUUGGGGCGGAGUCAUGACGGAGGCUGUCAAUGGCAUGCUGGAUCACAUGAGAUCAGGCCGAAAGACCAUCCAGAGGGACAAUGACCAGGAUCUUUUGCAGAAACUGCUGCCCAUAUUGGGAGAGGCCUUGAUGAUGAAGAAGGUCCCGGGGCUCCAAGUCGCUACAUACAUGGUCAUUUCGGUCUAUGCCGCGAAGGGCGACCUGGACGAUGCUGUGCUGCUGGAGUUCAUGCAUCAGUUGGUUCUCGGCUGGACGGGCGAGACCGUUCGGCCUGGUCUGGUCUGCCUCUCUAUUUUGGCCCAGUACAGAUCUGCUAAACAGCUGUCCUGGAAAGUGGCCAAGUCGCUUAUCAAGGUCCAGGACCUAGAGCACUUGCUGCUUGAUGUACACAAGGAACACCGAAUUGAUAAGCUGGCCAAUGGUCUGGCACUCGCGCUUAUUGAGCGCCUCACCAAGAGAGGUGAUGCGCGCGGUUUUCCCCUGAUCAAGACAGUCCUGGCCACGCGAAUGCUCAGCGAGAAGCAAGCGUCUGUUAUGUUCAGAUCACUCUUGAUAGCUGGUGUCAAGAUCACCGAUGAUGUCGAUGAAGAUGGCCAGGCCCGGCGACAGUUGGGACUGGCCAUUGUGGCACUCUCGCAGGCUCCAGACGAAUCAGGCGAGUUCUUCCGAAAAGUCGUCGAGGAGGCCGAAUUCGAUAUCGACGACCUGGAGUUGAGGCUGGGGGCUUCUAUUCGACCAAAGAAGGCAAUCAAGCAGGCGGAGGGGAACGACAAGCCCGCGGAUGAUGAAGCCGCAGCUGCCCUGGCUGAGGAACUGGACCUGGACGCUGGGCUGAGCCGAUUGUCGAAGCAUAAGAAGCCGCCAGCUCGGACUUGUCUGGCAAGCGACUCUGAUCCUAUAUUUGACGAACUCUGCCAGCUCUUCAUCACGGCCGCAUCCGACAAGGCAGAUCUCAUGAAGCUGGAUGAAGUGUCCAUAUUGGAACGCGACACUGCGCCCGCAGACUGCUUCUACUUCUCGUUCUAUAUGCGCAUUUGGCUCGGUCCCUACCCGAUCCUCGCUCGAGCACGAGCUCUCGAGAUGGCCAAAAACCGACUUCAGGAGCCGGACUGUGCAAAGCUUGACUUCCAAGCACUUCAACCUUACUGCAUUGCUGCCUUGGCUGAUCCAGCCAAGAAAGUCCGCCGUGCGGCAAGGUCACGCAAGAAGAACGGAACACCAUGGGGUUCUCAAGGCCUGUACAAGAAGGCACAGGGCUUGAAAUGGUUGACACCCGAAGCUGAUCGGACGUUGCUCGAGGUUGUCAUUGUGCCCGCGCUAGAGGAGGCGAUCAUGCAUGAUGAUCACAUUCUUGCGGUGCUCAAACAGGCGCUUGAGAGCUCGAGCAAGUCCUCGACAGAAAAGGAGACACCGAAGAAGGGCCACAUCUCAUCCAGUGCCAGAGCAUCCAUUUUCGCUUUCUUGGCAUCGCAUGUCGUCGACUCUCCUCUCCUCAACCUCAAGCUGAGGCUCUUGAAGGCCUUGAAUCAGGUACAGAAGGUCUCGACGCUUGUACACACCGAUGCCAGCAGUCUAGCCGACAAGGAGGGUUUAGACGAAAACAAGAUCGAUUCUGCUUUUGUGGAUAUCGUGGUAGCCAACGACACUGCCGGACUCGAAUGCCUCUUCGACAUCAUUCAGAGCAAGACAGCACAGGAUCGCCCUAGCCUGGGAACUGUCUCGGAAGAAGCGACAGAUCUCUUGCGGAACGUACCUUUGACGACGGACAUUUUGCUUACCUUCCUCGCGGCUCUUCAAGACGUUGCUCAGCUGGCCACAGAUCCACCUGCUAGCAAGCGCAGACGGACCAGCUCGUCGGACCACCACCGUGUGGCCGAGGUUCAGAACUCCCCGGAGCUUGCUGCAGCGCUGCGGAAGAUCACAUUUGUUUUGCAGCUCGUGGAGUCUUCUCACCCAGCCGAGCAUCCUGAGCUUCUGCAGAGCUUGUUCAUGGUACUCAGCGAACUCCAGACGUUUAGGACACUCGUGGGUUCCGAACUUGGCUAUCUUCAGAAUCUGGUCCUUGGCAGCUUGCUUGCCAUGAUGCCGACAUACCGGAACGACAAGAAUCUCAAGAUCGACACGUCUGUCGGUCAUGGCGACGUCCUAGUCUCUUGCAUACAGAAAUCUUCGAGUCCUGCUGUGCAGAACUCGGCCCUGCUCCUCGUUGCCAGCCUGGCAAAGACGGCCCCAGACGUUGUUCUGCACAGCGUCAUGCCCAUUUUCACCUUCAUGGGCAGCUCAGUUUUGCGACAGAGCGAUGACUACUCGGCACAUGUCAUCAAUCAGACCAUCCGAGAGGUGAUACCGCCGCUGAUCGAGACCUUCCGAAAGGGCCGAAAACACAUCGUGGCCAGCGCGUCAGAGCUUCUUGCAAGUUUCGUCAUCGCUUAUGAGCACAUUCCAUCGCACAGGAGGCAAGGCCUCUUCAUCUCGCUGGUGGAGAACCUCGGACCGCAGGAUUUCCUUUUCGCGUUGGUGGCGAUGUUCGUCGACAAGUACGGGACGUCUGAUAAUGUUCUGACUUUCACUGCCGACCUCAUCAAUCACUUCAACGUGGAGACUCAACUUCAGACUUUGGUCAGGUUCUUGGACCUUGUGGCAGAUAUGUUCAAGCCCAAGCCGAACCUAUCUGCGACUCUCUUCGGCAAGAAGGAGGGCGAGGAGGAGGUCAAUAAGACCGCUCUCAAGCAACUUACGUUGCUGCCGCACAUUCUUGCCAACCGGUCUCUCAAGAGGGAGAUCAGGAAGCUGGCUGAGCGUGACGACUCGGAAACGGCCAAGAUCCGAGAACUCUAUGCCCAGUUACUAGAAGACAUCCUCACGGUAGCAGACACUGUCAAGUCGCGGAAGACGCUGCACGCACGCUGCGGAGAUGCUCUGUCUAACUUAUUGAACCUCUUGUCCGUCAGCGAGUUCAUCAAGUCGGUUGAGACGCUCCUAGAUCGACCGAACGUCGUCCUGCGGCAGAAAGUCCUUCGUGCACUCGAGGCUCGCGUGGACAGCGAGGGCCAAUCUGAUGUGCAGUCAAGGACUGCCCUCUUGGCGUUCUUACCACAGCUCACUGCUGUCAUUCGUGACUCCGACGAUAUGCUCUACAAACACACCGCAGUCACCUGCGUCGACAAGAUCUCUGAGAAGUAUGGCAAGAAAGAUGUGGAGGCUGUGGCCGCGGCUGCUGCUACUAUUGCUGGCAAGCAAUGUCUCGGGCAGGGAGACCGGCGCCUGCGCAUCAUGGCGCUGCUCUGCCUCGCCUCUUUGGUUGAUGUGUUGCAAGACGGCAUCACCCCAGUCCUGCCUACUGCCAUCCCGCAAACCUUGGCGUACUUGCAAGAGUCGCUCAACGGCGUGGACUCUGAUACCGAGCUGCACAACGCUUGCUACUCUCUGCUGACUGCACUGGCCCAACAUCUGCCAUAUAUGUUCUCUGGGUCCUACCUGGACCAGCUUCUGGCCAUCUCAAACAAGUCGGCCGAAGCGCUACUGGGAGAUGAGGACCACGAAAACAGGACGCAAUGUCUGCAUUUCCUUGCGAAGCAGGUGGAUGCCAAGGUGUUGUUCGCAGCGUUGCAGAAGAACUGGGCUUCUGCAAUGGAUGCUGGUUACGCCGCUAUCCAGGAGUUUAUCAAUGUGCUCGGCCUGACCAUCGACAAGAACUCGAAGGCAUCCGUCGGAAAGAAUGUAUCGUCUCUCGCAGCCAUCUUGUUCGGCACCUUCGACCUUCGGCGCCAGGAGCACGCCCUGGAACGUGCGAACAUGACCAUGGUGGCCGAGCUGGAGGAAGCCAUCUUUGACGUGGCUCUGAAGAUGGUCUACAAGCUGAACGACGCGGCCUUCCGACCAGUCUUUUCCCAGCUCAUCGAGUGGGCUUGCUCUGGGCUGCCCAAAGCGGACACCCUGGGGGCCACCUUGCGACAGCAGAGCGUCUUUGGCUUCCUGUAUAGGUUUUUCGACAAUCUCAAGUCCAUUGUGACGAGCUACGCCUCUUACCUCCUGGAGCCGGCAGCCAAGAUUCUCAAGGACACGAAGCCCAAGGAUGAUGAGCAACGCGAGCUGUGGAGGCGGGUCCUGAAAACCCUGACGAAAUGUUUCGAACACGACCAAGACGACUUUUGGCAAGCACCGUCGCACUUCAGCGCAAUCGGACCUGUGCUCGUCGAGCAAUUCUUGCACGCACCACACAUGGACCUGGCCGAGGAGCUGAUUCCGGCCGUGGUCGAGCUCGCGGCAGCAGCAGACUCGCAGGAACACCAGAAGGAGCUGAACACGACCCUCCUGAAACACCUGCGGUCCGAGACGGCGGCCGUGCGGCUGGCGGUGGUCAGGUGCGAGCAGGCACUUGUGGACAAGGUUGGCGAGGAGUGGCUGGCUAUGCUGCCUGAGAUGCUGCCAUACAUCAGCGAGCUGCAGGAUGAUGACGACGAAGUGGUGGACAGGGAGACACACAGAUGGAUCGUCAAGAUCGAGGGGGUGCUCGGUGAGAGCCUGGACUCUAUGCUCCAGUAA